AGACUCCCCGUGGAUCAGGGAGCCCGAUGUGGGGCUCGAUCCCAGCACCCUGGGAUCAUGACAAGAGCCAAAGGCAGUCGCUUAACGGACUGAGCCACCCAGGCGCCCCAUGAAACCUUGAUAUAAAACAGUAGACAGGUAGUUUCCAACGUUCGGUGCCCUGUGUUAGCUAAUGUCAAGGGGGGGGGAACCACAAACAUCAGUUCAGUGCAACGGGAAGCAUUUGCCCUCAGAGCUUUGCGUCGUCUGGAAUGAGGCUGAUCUGCACUGGGCUCGGCUGGUCCACUCUGCUCAGUCUGCAGUGGCUGAGUCUCUCACUUCAGGUCUCUGGACCGCGUUGGUGGCUUGGCUCUACGUGUCUCUCUUCGUCCUUAGCGCACUGGCCCAAGCUUGUUCUUCUGAUGGCGCUGGCACAAGCGGGAGAGAGGAAGCCCCAGCGCGCGAGCACAUUGCCAACCCUGGCUUGGGUCGCAUCUGCUCCCAUCCCAUUGGCCAAAGAAAGUCACGUGGCCACGCCACGCUCAACGUCCCCUGGCAAGGGCCGUCCAUCCCUGAUGAGGCCCCGACAGGGGAGUGGGUGGAGAAAGGAGCGAAGAGCCGGGGCGAUGGCACCACCAUGCUCACCUGUGGUACGCAGGACAGAGCUAAAGACAGGGUUUCUUCUGUCAGUUGCUACAGCAGCAGCAUUUUGUUGCAAAGAUGCUCUAGGGAACCCGGCAGUCCUGGGAAACCCUUGAAGGGUAAGCCAACAUUUCAUGCCAUAUGAAAUUGAAGUUUGUGGAAUUCAAAAAGGUAAAUAAAAAUGGCAAAAUGAUAAUGGUAUCAUGUUCAUAAUCUGGAGAUAGUUUAUAAUCAUGAUGCUUCCUUUUAUUUGAAGAAAUGGAAAUGCUUUUGUGAGAACUAAUUUGUUUAGGUUUGUGAUUUCAUGCUUGAAAGUAGGCUGCAAAAAUAUCCGCAUGGAUAUUUCCAGGUUCCAAGUUGCUGGUGGGGAGGAGGGGGUCAGGGGAGGGAGAAGGAUUCAUUAUUAGGUCUUACCUUGAAAUCUGAGGCAGAACAAGGCCAUUUUCUCAUGGAAAUUUUUUAAGUAUUUAUGCUCUGUAGCUGUAGAGCCAGAUCUCCUUGGGGGUGAAUGUUGUCAGAGGAGUGGAAAUCAAGACAAUGAGGUAAAAACAAAAGACUCCUUUUUCUUCCCUUUCUAAAAUUGUUUUGUUUUUCCUGAGCUGCUGCUUUUACGAGCCCUAUGGGAAAGGGAUACAGGGGUCAUGCUUCACCACACCAAGAAACACGUCUCUUGGCCAAGAGGUGGCAGCAAAGGUUGGCCUCUCCACCUCCUGUUCACCCAGGGACUCUCCCAUCUCAUCCCAGGCUCUGCAGAAAGAGGCACAGACUAAACAACUCCUCAUUCCUAUUUGACUUCCAUCUGUCUGGAAGGCCGGGCCUGGGGCUUCUGGAAGGGAGGGCUCCGCCCCACCUUCCCUCCUCCCCCUGCCCAUUCUCCACUCACCCCACUGAGUUGCAUCAUCUUGGUUCUGAGGAAAGUGCAAGUCUUCUGUGAGGGGACCUCACCACCCCACCCGAGGCUGGGUUGGGAAUACUUGAGGUGUUGAUGUGUGCUCUAAAUCCUUGAGGACAAGAAGGAAAGGCAAGGUCCUGGCUCACCCACGUGUGGGGCAUGGGCGCCUGGUCCACUUGGAGGGACACAACUAUCCCAGCCCUGCAGGAGGAUGUGCGUGUGUAGACCGGGGAGGACAGACAACUGAAAACCACAGCAGAACCAAAUCAAAACCAACCCCUGUGGUUCACUUUCACCAGAGGAUUGAUUCUGACCAAGAGAGGAAGGAGAAAAAUCUUUAAAAUCCGUGAGUCAGAAAGGGAGAAACUCAGCCUCAUAUUCAGAUGGGUAAUCAGCUCUCCAAACUGGAACAGUUCUCACUGUACACAGUGUUCGCAGUAAAAAAGAACAGAGGCAUUUUAAUUUAAGAAGAAAACAGACACCUGCUGUCCUGCAUUUAUAGCCACGUCCACUGGUGCACAUUGCUGCUCCUUCACUCACUCUCGGGGAUUAAUGGGAGCUUGAUGGAUCUGAAAGGUGUGGGGAAUUGGAAUAGGCAAAGUACCUCUCAGAAAAAGGCCCAGGUUUGACCGCGAGGGAAGGAUUGGACAGGUUGCUGGGGAAAGUGAGUGGUCCAUUUAACCAAAGCAGAGAUGUUGGCCUAUUUAUAGGAAUUACUUGAAGCCAGAGUCAUGGUGGAUGUAGGAAAGUGGCCAAUCUUCACUCUGCUCUCACCUCAAGAAAUUGCAUCUAUUCGGAAAGCGUGUGUCUUUGGCACCUCAGCCAAUGAAGCACUGUACGUUACUGACAAUGAUGAGGUCUUUGUAUUUGGAUUGAACUAUAGUAACUGUCUUGGAACUGGAGAUAACCAGAGUACGCUUGUACCCAAAAAGCUAGAAGCCUUAUGUGGAAAGAAGAUUAAAAGCCUUAGUUAUGGGAGUGGACCACAUGUCCUUCUCAGCACCGAAGAUGGAGUUGUUUAUGCCUGGGGCCACAAUGGAUAUAGCCAGCUUGGGAAUGGGACGACCAACCAAGGCAUUGCUCCCAUCCAAGUGUGUACCAAUCUCUUGAUCAAGCAAGUGGUUGAAGUAGCUUGUGGCUCACAUCAUUCAAUGGCUCUGGCAGCUGAUGGAGAGGUAUUUGCUUGGGGCUAUAACAACUGUGGCCAGGUGGGAUCAGGAUCUACAACAAAUCAACCAACUCCUCGAAAAGUUACAAACUGUUUACAUAUUAAGAGGGUGGUUGGCAUUGCUUGUGGUCAGACCUCAUCCAUGGCUGUUCUGGACAAUGGUGAGGUGUACGGCUGGGGUUACAAUGGCAAUGGUCAGCUAGGCUUGGGAAACAAUGGCAAUCAGCUGACCCCUGUGCGAGUGGCGGCUUUGCACAGCGUGUGUGUGAACCAGAUUGUCUGCGGCUAUGCACACACUCUAGCACUAACAGAUGAGGGCCUGCUCUAUGCCUGGGGGGCUAACACUUAUGGGCAGCUGGGAACUGGCAAUAAAAAUAACCUGCUAAGCCCCGCCCACAUCAUGGUGGAGAAAGAAAGGGUCGUAGAGAUCGCGGCCUGCCACUCCGCACACACGUCGGCGGCCAAGACCCAGGGCGGGCACGUGUACAUGUGGGGCCAGUGCCGGGGCCAGUCGGUGAUCCUGCCCCACCUCACCCACUUCUCCUGCACCGACGACGUGUUCGCCUGCUUUGCCACGCCUGCCGUCUCGUGGCGCCUCCUGUCCGUAGAGCAUGAAGACUUUUUAACAGUUGCCGAAUCACUGAAGAAAGAAUUUGAUAGUCCAGAAACUGCUGAUCUGAAGUUUCGAAUCGAUGGGAAAUACAUCCAUGUCCAUAAAGCUGUUUUGAAAAUCAGUAAGUUGGUAACAGGCUUGGGAAGAUUGGAAACGGAGCAGGUCAAAGCAGAGGAACAAAAUAGGACUGAUGGCUGUUUUGAAGAUGUGUCAGAAAAAAAGGAAAAUUAUCAUGUAAGGUGUGAGCACUUUCGGUCCAUGUUCCAGUCUUACUGGAAUGAGGAUAUGAAGGAGGUGAUAGAAAUAGACCAGUUUUCUUAUCCAGUGUACCGUGCCUUUCUCCAGUACCUCUACACAGACACAGUGGACCUGCCGCCUGAAGAUGCUAUAGGUCUUUUGGACUUGGCCACGUCUUACUGUGAAAACCGACUGAGAAAGCUUUGUCAGCACAUUAUCAAGCGCGGAAUUACCGUGGAGAAUGCCUUUUCACUGUUCUCUGCUGCAGUCAGAUACGAUGCAGAGGAUUUAGAAGAAUUCUGCUUUAAGUUUUGCAUCAAUCAUUUGACAGAAGUUACACAGACUGCAGCAUUUUGGCAAAUGGAUGGCCCUCUGCUAAAGGAAUUCAUUGCUAAAGCCAGUAAAUGUGGAGCCUUUAAGAACUGAAGCCCAAGGCUGCUGGGUUUUGUGAGUGCUCCGGGCACGGGCGAUGAUGCGUCCUUUGUGCUCUGCGGGUGAUGUAAUUUUGCAGGUAAAAAACCCAUCAGGUUCCCCCCCCCCCCCGCCACAUCUGAGACACCAUUCUCUGUGUAGGAAUAUAUGAAGGAUGAUUUUGAACAACUCUUGUUUCCAGAUAUGUAUAUUUUAAAUGUAACCUUAAUUUGGCUGGAACAUUGUAAAGGGGUGAAAGUGUUGUUUCUUUGUUCUUUUGUUUUGUUUUUGAUUAGAGGAACUUUUGAACUUGGAAAGGGGAAGUCUGUGGUAAUUCUCCUGGUUCACAUAUUGACAACCCUUUGACACCAGGAAUUUGGGACAGUUUGUGAAUUGUGGGAUAGAGAGGCCCCACCAUGAAUUAAAGAUGCUGACUUUGGGGCUUGUUGAAAUGCUGCAUUAGUUGCUAGUUCACUAGCCAUACUGUGAAGACAUAAAGAUAGUUUGAGACUUUUGUGUUUGCACUACUGAGGACCUUUUUUAACUUCAUAGUGUAUCAAAGUAAUAAUCAGUUUAAUAGGAGUUAAACCUAUUGAGGUGAUGAUUAUGUAAAGAUAAACUUCUAGGUUAGCCAAGAUUUCUCUUCAGACUUAAGCACAUAAAGAGUAGUAAUUUAGGACUACCUGUGAAAAGUUGAUCGUGAAAGAAACUUUGUUUGCACAAAGGUCAAUAUUUUAUAAAUUAGAAUCUCCACUACUAUCCAACAGUGUUUUAUUUCAUUAAGACAAAGUCUGAGAACUGAAGUUUAAAUUGCUUCCCCACUGCUUCCCCCUUUAAAUGCUCAUCAUAAGAGGAGAGUAAUGACAUAUUCAGUAUACUCUUGCCUUCCUAAAUUACGGCUGCUAGAUCAUCAGAUUUGCUACAUCUGACUCAGAGAAGCGGUUCUUAAAACCAUCUUUCUGGCAGGACUUCUUGGAGUUUGUUUUAGCUCUUUUAUCUAGGUCAAGCAUCACAAAUUUGCUUAUUUGUAACGUCAGCAGCUUUCAUCUUUUAAUUGUGUUAGGUAUAAUAUUUAGCACAAUUUAACUUCAAAAAAGGAUCAAAAUUAUGGUUUUCCUGAAAAGAUCCGACUUAAAAGGGUCUUUUCAGUUUGUUUUUGUUUUUUUGUUUUGUUUUUGGUCUGCUUAUGAAAUGUGACUUUGGGAGGAAGAGUGUUCAACUCUCGGUUUGAUCACGUGUGUCCGUUGAGCUUGCUGUAAGAACAAAGCUUUGUUCUGCUCUGGCCCAUGGGCUCAUUUCCAUUUGUGGGCGCUCCCUAGUGAACUCUUCCCUGCUUGGAAGUUCCCUCAUCUGAACUUGGAGCCUGAAUACAUUUUCAGAGCCAAAUUAACAAGAGGGUGAAGAUAUGCUGCAGCUGCUAUUUUUAGCAGUGUUUCGAAGUGUGGGGGAGGGGGUGGGGUGGGAGUGAGGGCUCGAAGAUAGGAGUUCGUUGAUAGAUAAUUACAAACCUAGCAGUCCCAGUUCCCUUUUCUUGACCAUAUCGCAGGUGAUUGAAGCCCAAUCAAGUAUUACAUUAGAAUUAGUUCUGCAACAUGACAGACUUUUUCUUACUAGGUUAAUAAAUGCACAUUAAUUUGAUUAUUAGCUAUGAUGGGUAGUGUUUGUAACAAUCACUGUUCCAUAGGCUUAUGAUCUGGACAAAGAAGAACUUCAGUAGGUUUACUAUUGCUCUUACUUGGAAAAAAAAAACCCCACAAAUGAAAGUAGUAGAUUCAUUUCCAUAGAUUGUUCAUUCAUUCAACAAAUAUUUACUGAGGUUCCUUAGAUAGGUGAAGAACCACUUCUCAUAGUAGAUUACUGAGUAAUUUGUAUGAGUAUGUAUGUAGUGAAGAAAAGGGGAAUGAGUUCUUUGAAAAGUACUUGAGUAUCUUUUUUUUAAUACACUCUUACUUUUCUACUUGGUUUUAUUGUUAAUCAUAGCAGGAAAUGAAAACUGUUCUUUGAAUUGUUUUUUUCAUCUGAUGUAAUAAUGAAAGCCAAAGUAUUCAUAUUUCUUAAGAUAGCCCUCAAUGUCCUCUUGAACUUCUUACUGGAACAAUGUUUGAUACUCUAGUGUAUAGGCUGUAUUUAUGUAAUGUUUAGAAUGACAUAUUAAUAAAUAAUCUGUUAAGACA